AUGUCUGAUUUCAAUUCUCUUUACCAGCAGGGUCUCUACCUUUCGCCUGAGCAGCAGGUUUUACUCAUGGCUGCUCUAAACUCCAACAACCCAUCUCAGAACCAGGUUGAGAACAAGAAAGAUGCCCAGAAUCGUUCUCGCACACAAUCUUCUUCUAACGAUACAUCUCCGUCUAAUAGCAAUGCUUUUGACCCAGCAUCAUCAAGUUACUUUGAAUCUCCACUUUUGCAAGAUGCUCCCGGUUCUGGCCAGUUGGGAUUUGGCACCGACGAAAGUCCAUUCCUCGAUUUUGACCCCGAUGUUGAUUUCGACUUUCAGGGUACCGAUCAAUUGAUUGGCGAUCUUCCUGAGUUCGAGAAUCAUGAAUCAGGUGAUAAGAGGAAGUCUUUCGACGGCGAUGAAGAUGAUUCUAGCAGUGGCAAGAAGAGACGGGAAAGUGAUGAUAAAGACAAGUCCGCAAAGAAACCUGGCCGAAAGCCACUCACAUCUGAGCCUACUACCAAACGGAAAGCUCAGAAUCGUGCUGCACAACGCGCCUUCCGCGAGCGAAAGGAGAAACAUCUCAAAGACCUUGAGACCAAGGUAGACGAACUUGAGAAAGCAUCACAGACCGCCAACCAGGAGAACGGGCUUCUUCGCGCUCAAGUAGAGAGAUUGCAAGUAGAGCUUAAGGAAUAUCGCAAACGUAUUUCUUGGCUCAGUGGAGGGAACGGCCUAUCAACCAUGGCUGCCAUGAGCAACAUGAACUCACGUAAUCUUUCCAACCUCAACAACAAUGACUUCUAUUUCGACUUCCCCAAAUUUGGAGAUUUACCCGGAAAACACAUGUUCAGCAACGGUGGUCAGAACAAGCAAAAGUCUUCUACUCCCUCGACGACGGCCGUCUCACCUACAGCUCAAGUUCCCGAGAAUGGCCGCAACUCACUCAACAGCAAGAACUUGUCCAAGGCCGCAAAGGCUAAUGGGAUGACUAACGGACAAACUUAUCAGAGUCGGGCAAGCGCUAGUUCGGCAGCAUCAAACACCGACUCACCUAGUGCCUCUUCAGAUUCUCAGCAUGGCCAGUCGUCGUCGAUAGGUACUUCGCCCGAGCCGAGUCUGAAUUCGCCUAAUGUUGGAAAGAUGGGUGAUAAUUCGUUUGAAUUUUAUGGAAAUGAAGCUGCUACCAAUUACGGCACCAUUGAUGGUGAGAAAUCCUUCUGUGAGAAGCUGGGCAUGGCCUGUGGCAAUAUCAACAAUCCGAUGCCGGCGGCGUUGAAUAAGAAUAAUGACAAUCCACAAUUACUAGGCCAAUUACAACCCGCUGCAGCUGAUCAGUCUCUCUCAUUUGACUGGUUGGCCCAACAGAAUGGUGGCUCUUUCGMCCCCGUGCUAUUCAACGAUUMCCGCGAGCCACAGGAUGCUAUUUUGUCCCAGGACUUUGGCGCAUUCUUCAACGAUGCUUUCCCAUUGCCUGACCUGGACAGUCCGUUUGGCGACGCCAAUGACGUCACCACCAGCCCUAAGGAUUCCGUCGCUGCCAAGAAGGGUCCUGCACAAGCUGGUCGGAAGCAAGACGAUGAGGAAGAGGUUGUCCCUGGGGAGGAUAAGGCACAGAUAAUGUCAUGCACCAACAUAUGGGACCGUCUUCAAUCUAUGGAGAAAUUCCGCAAUGGAGAAAUCGAUAUUGACUCGCUGUGUACGGAGCUGCGUACCAAAGCACGCUGUUCAGAAGGCGGUGUUGUCGUCUUUAGGAAGGAUGUAGAUGACAUCGUUGGACGUGCCGGCAACGAAAUGCAGUCUCACUAG